AUGGAUAUCCUCAAAGUACUGUCGCGCGGUACCAAGAAAAGCGCAAAGACUUCGCUGUCGGGCGGCAGCGCAGUGGGCAAACUGCCCUCUUCUGGAACAAAAACCAACCCGCAGCUCUACCACGACGAAGUUCGCGGCCAAAAAAGAAAGCGCGAUGUCGAAGAGCCCGAGAGCAAGAUUCCUGAAGUGCUGCCCGAAGUCGACUUCUUUGCGCCGAAGGACGUUGCGGAAUCGAAACCUGCCAAAAUGGCCGAGUCGAACAAGGCCAAGCGAGCGGCGAGCCCCGAUGCUGAGGCAGAGGCGAAGCUGUUGAGUGCCGAGGAGUGUCGCCAGUUGCUGCGGUCGCAUCGAUUGAAAGUUACGCUGCUGGGCAAACGGGAGGAGCAGCACAAAGUCAAGAAGCCGAAGAAGAAGAAGGCCGUCGUUGAGGUGAAGAAGGACAAGAAGCCGCCGCAGCUGAAUCCGCAGCCAUUGGUGUCGUUUGGCCAAUUGCGAAGCACAUACAACCUAUCACGCAGAGUGGCUGAAAACCUUUCAUACCAGGGCUACCGUGUGCCGACAGAGGUUCAGAUGGGCAGCAUGCCGUUGCUGAUCCGGCCUGAUCUGGCGCUAAAAGGCGAAGAAGGGCUGGAGAAUGGAAUUGAUUUGCUGGCUGUGGCGCCGACGGGAAGUGGAAAGACGAUCAGCUUCCUCGUUCCGACGAUCAAUAAUAUCAUGAGGAGGAGAGCGCAGGAGAAGCUGCAUGGCAUUCAUGAACUCGAAGCUAUUGUGAUUGUGCCGACUCGAGAGCUUGCGUAUCAGAUUGUCAAUGUUGGAAACCAGCUGGUGAAGGGAACUGGAAUCAAAAUUGUUGGAAUGAGAAAGGGCAUGAUUCUUGCUGCUGAAAGCCAGGAUAUUGGCGAAGGUGACUCAGAUGAUGAGGUAGAGAAGCCGGAGGAAUCAGAAGAUGAGGAAGAAGAUGAAUAUGACGAAGAGGAAGAAGAGAACGAGAAGAAGGAAAAGAGCAGGAAGCCUAAAGUCGUGUCAAAAGUGGAUAUCUUGAUCACAACGCCUCUUUUGCUACUCAACUUCCUGACGUCUGGAUCGACGAGCACACAGAAAGUCCUCCCAACUGUUCGUGAUCUGAUAUUGGACGAAGCAGAUGUCCUUCUCGACCCAUUGUUCCGCGAACAGACCCUUGGUAUCUGGAAUGCCUGCAGCAGCUCAGAGCUGCGGCUCUCAUUCUGGUCUGCAACAAUGGGUUCCAACAUCGAGACGCUGGUUACUGAAAAGCUGGCGUCGCGAGCCGAGUCUCUGGGCCUUUCCCAAAGACCGUUGGUUCGGUUGGUUGUCGGCCUGAAGGAUACUGCUGUCCCGAAUAUCGUGCAUAGAUUGAUUUACACGGCCAGCGAGCAGGGAAAGCUUCUCGGCCUGCGACAGCUCUUACGGCCUACAUCAAGCAUCGACUCAGGGCCGCCGCUGCGACCGCCUUUCCUCGUCUUCACACAGACGAUUGAACGAGCUACGGCUUUGCAAGAGGAACUCAAGUACGAUAUCCCCCUCGAGGCGGGCGGUUCAUCUAGAAUAGCUGCUCUGCAUAGUGGUCUUCCUGAUGCAGCCCGAGCCGCCAUCAUGCGCAAAUUCCGAUCUGGAGAGAUUUGGGUUCUCAUUACCACCGACGUUCUGGCUCGAGGUGUUGACUUUGCUGGUGUCAAUGGAGUCCUGAACUACGAUGUACCCGGAUCGAGUGCCGCUUAUGUGCACCGAGCAGGAAGAACAGGACGAGCUGGUCGUGAGGGCGGCAUUGCCGUUACUUUCUACACGAAGGAGGAUAUUCCCUUUGUCAAGACGGUGGCUAAUGUCAUUGCUGAAAGCGAGAAGCAGGCAGGCAAGACAGUAGAGGAAUCUUCAGUGCAGAAAUGGCUGCUUGAUGCUCUGCCCAACGUCGGCAAGGAGGACAGGAAGAAGCUCAAAGAAAGGGGCGUGGAGUCAAGGAGGAGCGGAAACAAGGCCCAGAUUACAUCCCGGAGUGGAUAUGAGCGACGCAAGGAGCAUAACAGGAAGGGUGCCAUUGAAGGAAGCAAGAAGAGGAAGAUGGAGGCUGAAGACGAUGGUAAUGGCAAAGGCAAGGGCGAUGGGGGUGGUGAAUGGGGCGGAUUUGAUGACUAG